UGUGAUAAAUACCCGCAGAAACAGGGCUUGGUUCUGCCAGGCUCCAUCCACAUAAAAGCAGGCUGCCAUUGGAGAGCCCGCUGGCUGGAGCGAACGGGAGGAAGACGCAGGAGGAGAUAUCGCAGGAAGCCGCCGACGAACGCAGCGUCCAUCACUUCAAACUGAUGUAAUCAGACAGCAUACGUUGGAGCCAGUUAUUCCGCAGUAGCAGCGUUUUGAAAAAAAAAAAAAAGAGAGACAAAAGAAGGAGAGAAAAUGGGACAUACCGCAAUACCUAUAUUGAUGGCUGUAUUGUCCUACUGCGUGUGGGAAAACGCCGAGGCUAUGGCCAUGGCCGAGGUGAACGGGCCGGGCCUCCAGGUGGCGGAGCCGCAGAUCGCCAUGUUCUGCGGCCUUCAGCUCCUGCACAUGAACAUACAGACUGGCCAGUGGGAGCGGGAUCCUCAGGGCCGCCAGGGCUGCUUCAAAGAGCCCAGUGAAAUCCUGUCCUACUGUCAGGAGAUGUACCCAGCUCUUCCAAUCUCCCACAUAGAGGAGUCAAAAAGUCCUGUCACCAUCCCUUCCUGGUGUAAGAAGGGUUGGGGCCACUGCCAGACACACUCCUUCAUAGUCCUGCCCUACCGCUGCCUGGAGGGGGAGUAUGUGAGCGAGGCCCUGCUGGUGCCCGACCGAUGCCGCUUCCUUCACCGGGAGCAGAUGGAUGCCUGCGAGAGCUACGUCUUCUGGCACAACAUCGCUAAGGAGGAAUGCUCUGCAGACAAUCUGGAGCUCCACAGCUACGGGAUGCUGCUUCCAUGUGGGGAUAGGUUUCGGGGCGUUGAAUACGUCUGCUGCCCAGGCCGAGGGAGCUCUAGCGGUAAAGGGGAGACGGAGGAAAGAGACAUCCCCGCUGGUCCGCAGAUACUUCCAUCCCAGACGAGUGGAAAAAUCAACUCAAUCACCAAAGUGACAGCUCCCACCCCAAGCCCCUCUCCUGAUCCAGACGUGGACGAGGCCGACAUGGAAGAGGAGGAUGACGAGGUGGUGGAAGAGGAGGAGGAGGAGGAGGAGGAAGAGGAGGAGGAAGUUGAUGAGGAGGAGGCGGCAGAAGAGGAAGAAGAAGACGCAAUAGUCCUGAAAGAUCCAGAGGACUAUGAAUACCCCAUUGAAUCAGGUCCCUACCAGACAUCAGACUAUCUGGACUCCUUGCACUACGAGAAAAGCCAUAAACCAACCACCUCGCCAUCUCUGAUGAAGGGAGACAGCUUGACGACUCGUCCCACAGAUGGCGUCGAUGUUUAUUUCGAGAAGCCGGUGGACGACACUGAGCAUGCCAACUUCUUGCGUGCCAAGACAGACCUGGAGGAGCGCAGGAUGAAGCGCAUCAAUGAGAUCAUGAAGGAAUGGGCAGAGGCCGACAAUCAAUCAAAAAAUCUUCCAAAGUCAGAGCGACAGGCCUUGAAUGAGCACUUCCAGUCUGUGCUGCAGACGUUGGAGGAGCAGGUCGCUGGGGAGAGGCAGAGGCUGGUAGAGACCCAUCUCGAAAGAGUCGAGGCCAUACUCAACAACAACCGCCGCCUGGCCCUGGAGAACUAUCUGACUGCUGUACAAUCCGACCCCCCUCAGCCUGAACGCGUGCUGCAGGCUCUGAAGCGGUACAUGUCUGCAGAGCAGAAGGACCGCAGACACACGCUGAGGCAUUACCAGCACAUUGUCGCUGUUGACCCCCAGAAGGCUGAGCAGAUGAAAUUCCAGGUGUACACACAUCUCCAUGUGAUUGAGGAGAGAAUGAACCAGAGUCUUGCACUACUGUACAAGGACCCUACAUUAGCCGAGGAACUACACAGCGAUAUCCAGGAGCUGGUCAAGGCGGAACGAGGAGACAUCAGCGAGCUCAUGACCACCUCAUUCUCCGAGACUCGCACUACUGAGGAGCUUCUGCCAGCCGAGAGCGAGGAGGAGAAGGACGAUGAAGAGGAAGAGGAAAGGGCCUUCCAGAACAGGCCUUAUCCCCCCCGCAUUGAGCUGCAGUCAAAUAAGAGAGAGGAUGAAUACGAUUAUACCACGUCUGAGAGAGGCCCUACUGACGAAUAUGAGGAAAAGAUCAACACCUCUGCAGAGCUCAAGCAGGCUGCCAAGCCCAAUGAAAUUGCAAGAGAUGAACUGCAACCCGACGCCUUGGAGACGUUUAACCGCGGCGCCAUGGUGGGGUUGCUGGUGGUAGCUGUUGCUAUUGCCAUGGUGAUGGUAAUCAGUCUGCUGCUGGUGCGCAGGAAGCCAUACGGCACCAUCAGCCACGGCAUUGUAGAGCAGGUCGACCCCAUGCUAACGCCCGAAGAGCGACAGCUGAACAAAAUGCAAAACCAUGGCUAUGAAAACCCUACCUACAAAUUCUUUGAACAGAUGAACUGAAGCACUGGGGCUGCCAGCAAGUCAUGCCUGACCACUCGUUUUUGUUCCCCUGCCCUUUCCUCUCCCCCACUAUUCCUUCCAGUGGUGUCCCAGCUACACCCCCUUUGGUGGGUUUAUGAUUUGUUGCAAAUAUAACUGAAAAAGUCAGGGGAAAUCCCAAACCCAUUGUAAAUGACCAACAACAGCCUGUCAUCAUUGCCAGAAUGUGAAUAAUGAGAUAUAAUAUGUCACCUAUCGUAAUCUAAGUUAGAGUCUGAGAAUUGUUCUCUGCAUUACAGCAACAUUUCAUGACCCUGAGAUCGUUCACUUCAUCCCUGUGGCAUGACUUGACCUAUUGCUCCUCACUAGAAACUGAAUUUGAACGGUGCAUAAUGCUUUAUAGUAUUUAUUUUUCAGUAGUUGUCUCUUUGUUUGAAUCGUACCACAGUUAGAUAUAAUGUAUCUCUGUAGAUGCGUAUGAGUGAGAUAAAUCAAGGUGUAAUUCUCGAUUUUAAAAGACACUUAGUGAUAAAACUUAAGCUAAACUUACCUCCACGAGCUUCUGUAACAUUGGAGGGUACCUCUAAUGUUAAGAUAUGGACAUAAAGCCAGGAUGUGGACUCAGAGCAUUUUGAUAUAUUUCAUUAAAAACAAGAAAAUUCAAAAAGACAACACUAAUUGAUCAUGAAUCAUGUGCUGAUGGUACAAAAUGCUCCAUGUUUUUGACCUCUGAUGAUCUGCCCAAAUUAUUGAUCAAAAUAUAGCAAUUAUGAAAUUUAGUCGGUGAUUUGUUUUGUUUUAUUUGUCCUGCUAAACUAAAGAACUGCAAGACAGGAUAGUCUGGAGUCCGUUAUUUUACCGAAAGCAUGACAACUUGGUGUAUGAUGCUGCUGUAUUUAUUUGUGUUGUUCCCGUCAUUGCUUUCGAAAAGUCGGAAAUGUCACCGUUCAAAAACGACAAAAGACACUGUAAAUAACGUAAGAAAUACAUACUACUAGAUGUAGACAUUUCUAUGAUUAAUUUGCAUUGAUGUAACGGAAUAAUACGUAAAAAUAGUACAUUGUGCUGUUACGAGAAGGAGAAACAUUUUUCCUAACAUGGCUGAUUGAAAACGGACUGUUGUAAAAACCAGCACAAGACAACGACACAGCAACUACUUUCUGAAUGUAUUUAAGAUAGACGUUGAGAUUCCAUCUUCUUUUCGGUAAUGCAUCAUUCCCCUUGUAAACCUCAGUAGGAGUAGUGGAGUUAAACCCCUCCAGCAGAUUACAUGCCUGAUGCCCUUCUCAUCACUUUGUGUAGCAGACUAUUGAACUUCACAUUUGGCAGGUGUGUGUUACAGUUAAUACUGUGGAAGGCAGUAGAGUGUAAAGAGGGCAGGGUAAUGUGUAGUGCCAGAGUGUGUAGCGGCUUCUAAAGACAGACCACACUCGUAGUACUGUUGGUCUUCUGGUCUGCCAGAUUGGCAUCCCUGAACAACAUUCAAUGCUAGUUCUCCUCAGAUGCUAUAUUUAAGCUACUCUCUUCACGAGAAGCUGUUCACAGAAUGACUCAUUGUAGUUUGUCAUAUUUAUGAUCAACUUGAGUACCCCGUAUAGGUAAGCAAAAAAAGGGAAUCCCCCUUUUUUUUCUGGCUAAUUCUUAACAGCUUAGUAUGGCUGUUUGAUUUCCUUUAGCCACGUUUAUUCUAUGUCGGACCACCUUGAUUAAGAAAGGUCACGUUGUGGGAUGUUGCUUUUGGUUCAUCGGUCUUUAACUGUUUGCUGCAAUACAGAUAAUCCAAGCCAAAAUAAGGCCACGUUUUGAUUAUUGAAGUCUGGUGGACAUUUUCUGUAAAGGAAAAAAGAAAAACGCACUUGUUCAUUAGGAGGAAAAGAAAAUGACUUUUUUUGUUUGUUUGUUUUUGUUUUUUUUAUGUGAAGUUUGCUUUGGCAUUAGCCGAGAGCUUUUGAGUAUCUUGCCAAUGUGAGUUUUCAUUCAGCAUUAAUUUCCUGUUUUUCACCUUAAGCAAGUUAAUUGGAGGUUGCGGUUGAGUUAUGACAGGUGACGAGAAGCCCUUGUAUAAUUUGUACAGCUACGUUAGUGAAUGAAAACAUUGUAUGUUCACAGUUUAAGUCAGUUGAUCUUGUAAUGAUACUACUGAAACCAUAGAUGAGAAUAAGCUUGCCUGUGUUUCCCAAACCACUGAAGGUUUCCUACCAGCAUUUAGCAGACUUAGAAUGGUGUAUACUGUAGUUACUCAAAUCACAUUUGUACUUAUGUCCUCUGUCGAAAUUCUAGACUUCUUUGUUGGUCUGUCCUCUUACUCCCCGAUGAAAUAUAAACAAUGUUAUUGAGAUUUUAAUUGCUGCAUUAUUGCCUUUUACAAUGCUGUGUUUUGGAUGUAAUUAUUCCGUAUUUUUUAUUUCUAUGUAACAAUCAGUUGGAUUAAGGGUCAUGCUUUUCACGUGUAAUUUUAGGAGCUCGUAUGAGAAAACACUGACGAGUUUAUAACGUUGAGAAAUGUGAAUUAUAGACAGAUAUAUGGCCUCUGCCUAAUUGACAAGGAGUGGCACCAAGCACAAGUUGAACCAAAUUCCUCCAUUUGUGUACAGGUUGCUUAAUGUUAGACAUUUAUUCUGUCUGUCGGAUUUCAAUUAUACUGCUUAAUUCUAGGGAUGCUGACGGGAUUAUUGAGGGAGCUGUUCUUCAUUUUCAUUCAGACCCCGAACCAAAGACAUGCUCCAUGAGUGAUCAGACAGAUAAUCCAAUUUGGCAAAAAAAUUUAAAAAAAUAUAUAGUUAAUAAAUGAAUAAUAAUGUUUUCUGUGUAAUUGUAUUGCAAGCAGUCUGACAAAUUAAAACUGGUCAAGCUAAUUAAUAGUGUAAUAAAAAUGAAUGACCCAUA